AUGUUGUCUGAUCUCUCCAGUGCUCCUGACCCACCCAGCGACUCAACGAGCUAUCUUCGCUCUAUCAUUCCCCUCUUUAUCCCCGGAGACCUCCCACCACAUGCCUCCUCCAAGCUUCUUGUCAAUGAUGUAUUCUGCCUUGCGUCUGAUUAUGUCCGGGUUGUCGUAACUGACCAUUACCUGGUCUUGCGAGCUAUAUUCAUAACUUGCUCCAAUAUCCUCUAA